AUGAGGUAUCUUCCUGCUCUUCUUGCAAUUUCAGCAGCGCGAGGUGCGCUUGCACACCCAGGGUCUCCACAUCCAGAUGCACAAGGAAGGUACACGAUUGAGGCAGAAGGGAUUAGAGCGCAGUUCAUUCCGUACGCUGCUACCCUCACAAACCUCUUUGUCAAAGAUCCAACGGGUCAAGAGCUAGAUAUAGUCCUAGGCUACGAUAAUACCUCUUACUAUCCCGUCGACCCUGGACAUCCCGUCUACAAUGCGAUUCCUGGACGCUACGUCAAUCGCAUUGGCAAUGGUGAAUAUACCCUCGACAACGUUACCUACCACACUGAAAAGAAUGAUGGUCCAAACACCCUCCACAGCGGCACAAACAACUGGUCCUUCAGAGUGUGGAAUGUUAGCGCCGUAACUAACUCGUCAAUCACCUUCUCAAUUAGCGACGCAUCGAACUCUUCUCUUGGUAUGAUCGGCCGCGUCGACGCGAGCGUCACAUACUCGGUCUCGAAGAACAAGUGGCACAUCUCCAUGGAUGCCACAUCUCCAGAAGCAAGAACGCCUCUUAUGCUGACGCAGCACACUUACUUCCAGCUUGAUGCUUUCAAACGACCUGACAACCGCACGGUCUGGAACCAUACUGUGUAUAUGCCAGAGGCUAAGCGAGCCCUUGUCGCCGAUGCGAACGCCCUCCCUACCGGCGAGAUUGCGCAGAUCCCUGCAGGAGCCAUUGACGAUUUCUGGUCGGCGCCGCAUGAGCUUGGGUUUGCAUCAGGGAAUGCCGAGUUUGAGAACCACUGCGGCAACGGAUGCCACGGCUACAACGGCGCUUGGGCGUUCAACGAGAGCAGGAACAAGAGCGCGGCUGUACUCACACUAUCGAGCGCAUACAGCGGCAUCGAGGCUAAGUUGACGACCAACCAAGAUGCUGUAGUGCUGUACACGUGCAAUUGGAACGAUGGCAAGAGCGAAUUCAAGAACACUCAGGGCGUCGCAGGCCAAGACAAGUUCAUCCCGCGCGAUGGCUGCAUUGCUAUUGAAGCCCAAGACUACGUUGAUGGCAUCAACCAUCCGGAGUGGGGUCGCCUCGACAAGCAGAUAUCCGGCCCUGGAGACAAGUACCACUGGGAGUCGUCGUGGGAGUUUGGAACAAUCUGA